AUGGCAUGUCAGUUCGGCCAGAUGGAUCCUCUCAUGGCUGAGGCCUACGCAAACGGCUUGUUCCCUGAAGGCGUCUUCGUCAACCCGCAACUAGUGCAUGGACCUCGAGCUCCUCAGAUGCAUGGCUUCUUCCCUGGCGCUCAAGACGAAGGUCGUGCUCAAGAUGAGAUGCAUGAAGACCAGGAAGGUGGUCAGGGUGACGAAGCAGCUUUCGAUGCGCAUGCAGCAAACCAACAGGCUCAAGCUGCUGCUGAAGAGGCUUUCGGCAUGCAGCAACUCCAGCAUCUCUUCCAGGGACUCUCUGAUAACAUCAUCGCUCGUGUCAAGGGGGAGUUGACUCAGUCCGUCUCAGCCUCUGUGCAAGAUGCAGUCUCAUCCACAUUGGCUGGCAAGAAGCGUCGAGCUGAAGCAAUCAAGAACGACGGCAUCAAGAAGCAGUUCGUUCCCCUCGAAGAAGCCUGCCUGCGCAUGGAACAUGUCAAGUCCUCCCUGAAGAACUUCACCGAAGGAGAAACUGAGGAGAUCUCGCACGACGAUGCCGUCAAGAUGCAGGACCGGACUUCUUGGAUGAAGAAGCAGCUCAAACGGACAAAGAAGGAUUUCAAGGCCGAGGAGAAGGAGAAGGAGUCCAAGAAGAAGACCAAGCAGGGCUUCAAGCCGAAGUUCUUCCAGAAGACCAAGAGCUUCUAUCCCCGCGGGGGAUUCUCUGUUGGACGUGGUGGAGGCUUCUACCAGGCUCCUGGCGGCGGCAAGCCGUGCUAUUCCUCUGAUGCUGAGUCACUGCACCUGCUCUCUGAUUUCACUGGCGCUGCCGAGUUCGAGGGUUCUCGUCGUCCCUCUGAGUCAUCUUUUUCGAAGCCUACCACUCUGCCUUCGUCUUCAUCUGCGCCUCCUGCUCCCCGCGAGCCCUGGCUUCGGAAUCGCCUGCGUGAUCAGCUCUCCUUCUGGCGCACCAUCUGCACUUCAGCUUUUGUGCUCAGCAUCAUCUCCGUUGGCUAUCAGCUGCCUUGGCUCGAGGGUCCUCCCCCUGGUCCGUCUUUCAAGGCAAACCACCCGUCUGCCUUCCAGUUUCCCGACUUCGUCUCUGAUGCUGUCGCUUCCUUAGUUGUCACGGGUGCUGCUCAGGAGGUCUUCUUUAAGCCUUUCAUCAUCAGUCCUCUUGGUGUAGUACCAAAAGGUGUCGAUAAACUUCGCCUCAUUCUGGAUCUUCGAUGCGUCAACAGCUUUCUCAGAGUGGAUAAAUUCAAGUAUGAAUCUGAAACGGCGGGGCUAGUUUGCACGCCGUUGGACUGA